UAAAAGUACAAAUAGCUUGUGAUUUUCGUCAUCGAAUAGUGCAUGUAUCUGAAUGUUACCAUGGAAGUAAACAUGAUAUUACAGUUCUUCGAGAAUCAGGUCUAUUAGAACAUGUUGAAGAGUCUGUACAAAUUAUUGGUGACAAGGCGUAUAUCGGUGAAGAAUAUGUAGUCACUCCAAGAAAGAAACCUCAUGGACGUGAAUUAACACAAGAAGACAAAGAUUUCAAUCGCGAUAUCAAUAGUGCAAGAGCAGCGAUUGAAAAUAUUAAUCAACGUCUCAAAAGUUAUGCUAUUCUUGGUGAUGUUUACAGAGGAUCUGUUCAUGAUUCUCAUAAAAUAACUAAAAUCAUACAGGUCAUUGCUGCUUUAUGUAAUUUGAACUUAAAUAAACAUCCUAUUCGUAGAUAA